AUGACGGGCAAUGAGAGCCGCGACGACGCCUUCAAGAAGGGAACGAUCUUCGCCGCCGCCGGUCCGUCCGAAGAUAGAGCAGGUUUUCACCUCGGCCAAUAUUCAGCACCACCGAGCGCCACACCCCGGCAACCACGCCGCCCACACGACCAUGGUGACCGGGCAGCACCAAGGCACGGGCUCUGCCCAAGAGCACCGCGCAACCACCACCAGGGCCGCUGCCCCAGCAUCCAAGACCUCGACACCACCUCACCCGAGACCCGCCGCACCCCAACGAAAAGGACGAGCGGAAAGGCCACCACCGAGACCUACCCCUACCGCCGCCCACGGCCGGAGCAGCGGCCACGCCCAGCCGCUGCCCUACCCGCGUCGCCCGGCGAGCUCCAAGCGCCGGAGCCGUCGGGCACGCACCACCGGAGCCAGGCGCCGCCGGCCGGCCCCCAAAGCCAGAUCCGGCCGGAUCCGGCAAGAGACCGGUCGCGCGCCACCUCCCGAGCCGGGAGCACCGCAGCCGCCCCGCGCGCAGAAGGAGGGACGCUGGAGCGCCGCCACCAGCAGGCCACCCCGCCGCCCCGCGAAACCGCCACCGCGCCGCUGGAUCCCGCGGACGUCCAACGCCGCCGCUCGAAGGAGCCGCCCCGCGCCGGCGCCCCCAAGCGGACGGGGAAGGAGGGCCCCGCCGCCGCCGCGCCCCCCGGGCUUUGCCCGACGGAGCUCGCCGACGACGGCGGGGGGGAGGGGAGGGAGGCGGGGCCAAGGGCCGCAGCCGCAGGGAGCCCCCCGGGCGCGCGCGGGCGCGCCGCGGGAGGGGAGGGGAGGGAGGGGGAGCGGGCCGGGCCGGGAGGCGCGCGCCCGGCGGCCGGCGGCGGCGGGGAGAUACAAGUACAUGUACAUAUACAAGUAUGCCUAAAUGUAUCUGAUACAAGUUACGGUUAUCCAUAUAAUGUACAAGUUCCUGCCAGGUCAUAUGUACCUGGUAUAGUUUUUUUUGCGUCGAUGUACCUGGUAUAG